AUGGCAGAACCUUUCGGCAUUGUGUCCGGUGCAGUGGGAGUUGCUGCCGCAUUCACGGCAUGCGUCGACUGUUUCGAAUAUGUGCAGAUUGGCCGCCAUUUCGGGCGAGAUUUCCAAACUGAUUUGCUUUCCCUGAGUUGCGCGAGACUGCGUCUCACACGCUGGGGCGAGUCUGUGAAUAUUUACCACGAUCCGAAUCUGGGCAAGACCAACGCAACAGCAGCGGAAACACAACUAGCAAAGGAUGCGUUGCUGCAAAUCAUCGGCCUAUUCGCCAAGACUGAAGAAAUCUCGAAAAAGUACAAGUCGGUUGCAAAACCUGAUGACGAUCUCUCAACUAUUUCUUUGACCGAAAUGGAUCCUCCCAAUGUAGCGUUGCAGAGGAAGAUGAGAGAGCUGGCAGUAAAGCGCCAAAAAGGAGCCAGUUUCUUGAAGCUUACGACAUGGGCGAUUUAUCGCAAGGCGGACCUUCGAAACCUGAUUGACGACAUCACCUCGCUAAUUGAGAAUAUUGAGAGGCUAUUCCCAGCACCGAAGGCGCAAAUUGCUCUGGCUCAGCAAGAAGUUGCUGAACUUGGGAGCAAGGACAGCGUAGCGUUGGUCGAGAACUCAGCCAAGAGUGUGGACAGUCUGCUCGAAUCCGCUGCAAAGGAAGUUCUCACUGGUCAUCAGUACUUGAAUGUUGUGGUUGAUGGGAAAGCGCAUGCUGGUGAUGCGUACAGUGGUGACUGGAAAGGUGGUGCGAUGGGAGGCUCUCACAAGUAUGACGGCGUUCAGGUGAAAGGGACGGCGAUGCUGGGGAAUAAGUACGGCGGCAAGGACUUUUGGGAUGAUUGA